AUGCAGCCUUACGUUUUUCUCGCCCUCCUGGGGUCGGUAGCGGUCGAUGCCGCCCUUGCCCCUCGUGCUGACUGUGCUCCAUCGUUCAAUGGACAGUUCCAGGUCACUGUUGCCAAGACUAACAAGCGAGACCUUGAAAAGCGAGACUGCAGCAACCCGAACGCCUUGCUGCUGACGCUGAACAACGGAAUUCUGAAGGAUGCCAAGGGCCGCACCGGCUAUAUCGCAUCCAACUUCCAGUGGCAGUUCGACAACCCCCCUCAGGCUAAUGCUCUCGUCACAUCUGGCUUCUCCGCUUGCGACAAUGCGCUGGGGCUCAAGGGUUCAACCACCUUCUGGCAAUGCCUCUCAGGCGACUUCUAUAACCUGUACGACCGUAACUGGGCACCCCAGUGCCAGCCGGUAGAGCUCGUCAUCCUGCCUUGCGGCGGCAGCAGCGCUGGACACAGCAACAAGGGCAGCGGGGCCGAGGGUGGCAGUGGUGGCAGUGGUGCCAGCGGCGUCAACCAAGCUGUCACCGCCAUCUCCGACGGCCAGCCGCAAGCCCCCAUCUCUCAGAAGACUGAUGGCCAGCCCCAGGUGCCUCCGGUCACUCAGAUCAGCGACGGCCAGCCUCAAGGCCCGACUGGCUCUCCCGCUCCUCCCGUCACUCAGAUUAGUGACGGCCAGCCUCAAGGCCCGACUGGCUCUCCCGCUCCUCCCGUUACCCAGAUUAGUGACGGCCAGCCUCAAGGCCCAACUGGAUCACCCGCUCCCCCUGUCACCCAGAUCAGCGAUGGCCAGCCUCAAGGCCCAACUGGAUCACCUGCUCCUCCUGUUACCCAGAUCAGCGAUGGACAGCCUCAGGUCCCAACCGGGUCUGCUAAGCCCCCCGUCGCCCCUGUUGGCACUGGCACCGGUGUUCCAAGCAGCCCUUCUUUUGCGCCUACUCAGCCUCCCAUCAGCGGCAGCUCCAAGGUCAUUCCCGGCCUUUCGGUUGCCGUUGCUGUUGCGCUGGUUGGCAUGGUUGCCUUGUAAACAGGCGAUCAAACAAAC